AUCCGGCUGCUGUUGUGUAUCUCUAUGGGAAUCUCCGAAUGAAAAGAAUGAGUGCUAUUUAUGUUAAUUAACAUCGUAAAUUAACAGAAAAUGAUGGCAAUUAUUUAAAAUGCAGAUGGAUUUUAAAUGUUACUAAUCCGAAAUUUGCAUUUUUUGUUGCAGUACUCAUUUAGAAGCAAAGACAUGUCGUACUAUGCAGUGCGUAAGGGACGGAAUGUUGGGAUUUUCAAAACAUGGGAUGAAUGCAAGGCUCAAGUUGACAGAUUCAAAGGAGCUCAAUUUAAGAAGUUUUCAACUGAAGAAGAUGCUACAAAUUUUAUAGGGGCUACAGCCAGUAAGAAGCGACCAACAUACAGUAACACAGAAUGCGAUGCUCCAUAUAAAAAGAUUCGAGUAAAAAAUGAACCAAGAGUAGUCUACACUGAUGGAUGCUGCACAUCCAAUGGAAGGAGUGGCGCACAGGCUGGAAUUGGGGUUUACUGGGGGCCAGAUCAUCCCUGGAAUGUUAGUGAGAAAUUGCAUGGACAUCAGACCAAUCAAAGAGCACAAUUGAAGGCUGCAGUUCGAGCAAUUGAGGUUGCUAAGGAAAAUGAUUUAAAUGAUAUUGAACUCAAAACUGACAGCAUGUACACCAUCAAAUGUGUUACAGAUUGGAUAGAUAAAUGGAAAGAAAAUGGAUGGAAAACAAGUAAAAAGGGCAAUGUUGUAAACAGAGAUUUAAUUGAGGCCUUGGAUGAAGCAAGGCAGGACAUUAAUGUUACAUGGACACAUGUUCCUGGCCAUAAGGGCAUUCAAGGAAAUGAAGAAGCCGACAGACUUGCAAAUUUAGGAGCUGCUUUGCAAGAAUGAAAGGAAUUUUUUUUUCUUUGACCAAUGUUUUUUUUUUUUAAUUUGUUCAAGUAAGGUAUACUGUAGAAGAUGCAGAUAAUGUAAAUGAUCAGAUUAACCAAGGUAAUUCAACAGAAGGACGCACAUCUUAACAACCACAACACAACGCUUGUUGACGGUAUUCAUUGUGUAUGUACAGUACAGUAUAGGCCUACCAAUUAAUUACCAAUCAACAAGCGCUGUUGACGGUAUUUAGUGUUUUGUGUAGGCCUAUAGUAAUACGUAAUUAACAUCAACAUGCGUUGUUGACGGUUAGUAUGGGUGUACAGUAAUACUAAUUAAAGUUAACAAUCGUCAUACAAUUAGCGUAAACAACCGUCAACAUAUCUGAUAAAAGGGCCUACAUAGGAAAAUAGAUUAAUAAUAAUAUUUAUAAUGAAGAUAAUAAAACUAUUAAUGGUAAAAAUCAUAUUAAUAAUAAUAAUAGUAGUAAUAAUUGUAAUAACAAUAAUAGUAGUAGUAGUAGUAAUAAUAAUAAUAAUUGAAAAAAAUCAUCGGUUUUCAAUUAUGUAUCUUUUAGGUUUUAUCUAAAAGGAAUUUCAUAUCUAAUAAUAAUAAUAAUAAUAAUAAGAUACUCUUCUAGCAUGCUUCUUACACCAAUAAAGUCUAAAACAAAA